AGAAGAUGACACUUCUCCAUUGGUUAAACGUCAAAUUUUGGAAUAAUGGAAAGAGUGUCAAAGAAUUUCUACAAAAUACUUCAUUGCAAGGUCUUAAAUAUGUUUGGCAAGCCGAUUUACCCAACUGGAUAAGAUUAUUUUUUGGACUUAUAUUUCUUGUAGUUGUAAAUGUGGCCAUUAAUUUAUCUGUAAACGUUUUUAAAAAAUGGCAAAGUACUCCAGUGAUUAUUGGCAUUAGUUCAGCUAUGAUACCAAUAAGUGAAAUUCCAUUUCCAGCCAUAACCGUAUGUAAUAUGAAUCAGGGAAAACACUCAAAAGUAGAUGGUUUCCUACCAGGAUCUUUGGACCAUGCCAUGUUACAGAAAAGUUGCUUUAUGGAAAUGAACUAUACGAGUUUUAAAAACGCUAAACGCCGUUUCAAGAAUGAUACGUUUCCCAAUUUUAUAAUAAAUAUAUCGGAAAAAUGCUCAGAAAUGAUCGUCUCAUGUACUUUUCAAAGAAAAAAACUACCAUGCAGUGACAUUUUCCGUGAAAUUUUCAUAGAUGAGGGCUUGUGCUGUGUAUUUAAUCUCUUACAUCCAUAUUAUCUAUACAAGUUCAAAUCGCCUUUCGUUCGUGAUUAUACGUCAACUAAUAACUUUGCUGAUAUAGCAGUCGAUUGGAAUCCAAUGACGGGCUAUCCAAAAACUAUGCCAACAGGAUUUUAUCCAAGAGCAGGGGUUGAUGUUGGCGUAACUAUGGGACUACAAAUAGUAUUAGAUGGUCAUAUAAAUGAUUAUUAUUGUUCCUCUACCAACGGUGAAGGAUUUAAGGUUCUUUUGUAUAAUCCAAUUGACCAGCCAAAUAUUAAAGAAUCGGGAUUACCUGUGAUGCUUGGUCGCCAGACAUCGUUUCGCAUUAUUGCAAGAAGUUUUGAAGCUGUACCCAAUAUUCGGGGCAUACAUCGAACAAAACGUCAAUGUAUAUUCAGUGAUGAACAGGAAUUAUUAUUUUAUCGUUACUAUACACGUCGUAAUUGUGAAUCUGAAUGUGAUGCUUUAUAUUAUCUGAGGCACUGCGAAUGUAUUCCAUAUCAUUUACCAUUCAUUUACACAAAUGCUACAUUAUGCAAUGUAUCGCAUUUUGAUUGUUUAAAUAGAGCGGAAGUUACUAUUUUCGAUACGAAGAGUGUUAAAUGCAAGGAGUCCUGUCUAACCAGCUGUCAUGAUUUGCAAUUUUUUCCCGAUACAUUCUCAGCUCCCUUUAGUCAAGCCGAAAUAAGAGCUCAAAAUGAAUAUUUGAAAAACUUGUCACCCGAAUACAUGCGUGAGAAUUUGGCGGUAGUAAAUUUUUAUCACUCAGAAAACCAUUUUCGAAGUAAUGUGAAGACAUCAUAUACUGGUACAACUGAAUACAUGUCUUUAACUGGUGGAAUAAUGAGUUUAAUGGUCGGCUUUAGCGUUGUGUUUUUAGCCGAAGUAUUGUAUUAUUCAUUUUUACGAAUUUUUCUGGAGCACAUAAGAGUGUAUAAUUAAACCUGUUGCAUCUAACAAAUGCAAAUGUAAGGCAUGAUAAAAAAAUAUAUAUAUGUAUGUGGCUUAUCAUAUUUUUUCAAGCUUUUGGCGAAGCUUCUCACAAAGAGUCAUUAUUAUCAGUUAUUUUAUUAAAAUUUCUCGAAUCAUGUGAAAAAAACCAUAAUAUUAAUUAGAAAUCACCGGAUGACUAAUACUACCUCACUGUAAAGCCAAUACACACAUAUAUAACCGAUAAAUAAGAAAUAUACCGUAUAGAAUUCAGAUAAACUUUGAAAAUAAAGACACAAACUUUUACUUUUAAA